GGCGCAGAUGGCGGUGGCGCAGGGCGCCUGAGCGGGCCGGGGUAAUGAGUGCCGCCCGGCCCCAAUUCAGCAUAGAUGAUGCCUUCGAGCUGUCCCUGGAGGAUGCGGGCCCUGGGGCGGAGCCCAGCGGGGUCGCGCGCUUUGGGCCACUGCACUUCGAGCGCCGGGCCCGGUUCGAGGUGGCUGACGAGGACAAGCAGUCCCGGCUGCGCUACCAGAACCUGGAGAACGAUGAGGACGGAGCCCAGGCCUCUCCGGAGCCGGAUGGGGGAGUCAGCACCAGGGAUUCCGGCCGGACUUCCAUCCGCAGCUCCCAGUGGUCCUUCAGCACCAUCAGCAGCGGCACCCAGCGCUCCUACACUUGCUGCAGGUGAGCCCUGCCCGCUGGAGACCCAGUCAGGCAGCCCUGGCUCUGCCCGCAAAGCCUCCUACACACCCUCCCUCCACCUCCUUCACACCCACCCUGCUCUCCCGCCACUCAGCUGGACCCAACACCCUUUGAUCCAGAAGAACCGCCGAGUGGUGCUGGCCUCCUUCCUGCUCCUGCUAUUGGGGCUGGUGCUGAUCCUGGUCGGCGUGGGACUGGAGGCGACCCCCUCUCCAGGUGUCUCCAGCGCCAUCUUCUUCGUGCCGGGUUUCCUGUUGUUGGUGCCCGGAGUUUAUCACGUGAUCUUCAUCUACUGCGCGGUCAGGGGCCACCGGGGCUUCCAGUUCUUCUACCUGCCAUACUUCGAGAAGUGACUGUGGUGCAGCGUGGGCUCCUCCCGUCCACGGGGGCGCCCCUGGGACCCGCGCCCUGUUCCGUUCCCCUCAUCUCAAGGGAAGAGGCUCUCCAGGACCCUGAAACCCUGGGCCCUGGGGAGUUUGCUCAGGAAGUUUGGGGCAUGCAGGCCUGCCCUGGGAAAGCCAACCCCGCCUGCUCUGUGCCUUAACUUAUUCUCAGGCCCUGCCACCGCUAGGUUACUGUUAUUUCGUGCUAAUAAAGGAGUAACUAAUUCCACCAGA